AUGUGCAACCUAAAGCUGCCAGUUUUCUUCAUUGCACUUUCUGUCGCUCUGAGCUGUUUGGAAGCUACACCUAUUGAGAGAUUACUGUCUGUGGCUGAUGAUCUAGCUGAUGGUACUUCCAAGAGACAAGGAUGGAUGUUGCCUGUAAUGUCACAGAAUACACUCUCAGGACUCAGUGAGGAAAUGCCAGAACAACCAGCAGCAAAGACAAAAAGCCACCAGCUGCAGAAGAGGAAAUGCAACACGGCCACGUGCGUGACCCAGCGCCUGGCCGAUUUCCUGGUGCGCUCCAGCGGCAGCGUGGGCGCCCUGUACCCUCCCACCAACGUGGGCUCCAACACCUACGGCAAGAGGGACACGCCAGGGCAGCCUGGCGCGGAGCCCCGCGGCCGCGCACGGCUCUAG